CAGCAUUAAGCGAUCACUGGACUAUGAUCUCUAUCAUCAGCUCCUCCCUCCUUCUUCCUGCCGUUCACCUGACUUUCUUUUCCUGAAACGGCCGAAGUCCUCUGACUCUUGUUCUGAAUAUUUUGUUAAAAAACACUCUGAACUAAAUGGCUCAAGACUAUAUGAAAUAAGGUGGUAACAUGUUUUCAUCGUUGCUGUUUCUGAUAAUAAUACUGAAAGUCUUCAUCGGACAGAUCCUCACAUGUCAUCGUGCAGAGUACCAAAUAGGAGAAGAAUGCUGUCCUAGAUGUCUUGCUGGAUAUCGAGUUAAAACAGAUUGUACAGAGUUCAGACUAACAUCCUGCCUACCCUGCACUGAUGGAACCUACAUGAAUCAGCCCACUGGACUUAAACAGUGUUUAACCUGUGGAAACUGUGAUGCAGGUUCUGGUCUGCAGAUAAAGACAUCAUGUACAUUAACAUCAAAUACAGUUUGUCAACCACUGGAGGGAUUCUACUGUAUGGACUCCACAGAGGACGGCUGUGUGAGAGCACUGAAACACACAAGCUGUCAACCAGGACAAUACAUCAGACAAAAAGGAACAGCUCUCAGGGACACUGAGUGCACUGACUGCAGUGAUGGAACAUUUUCAGAUGGGACAUUUACAUCUUGUCAACCACACACACAAUGUAAAUCACUAAAGCUUCAGCUGAUCAAACCAGGAACUGCUUCAGCUGAUGCUGAAUGUGGAAAACAAAUUUUUGUGAUAAUUGUGACUGUCGGGAUUUUGGUGCUUUUUUUAUUAAUUGGCACGUCUGUAUCAGUUUACUUCAUCAGAAAGAGGAUAUCAGGAAACUGGAGAGGACACGACAGAGUUGCUACCAAGAUGUCAGACAGUAUCAGAGUCUCGAGCAGUGGCCUCUAAGAUCCUGGUGGCCUGAGGGAGCCUCUCAGUUCUGGCCUGCUGUAUCUGGUACCUUCUUCCCAACUGCAGCAGGGAGAAAAGGCUGUCAUCAGGAUGGUUGGGAUCCUUCAUGAUUCUCCUACAUACCACAGUUCAGCUGACAGUAAUGACAUUUUAUAUGAAUGCUGUAGGCCGACUGUCGGGUGUUGUGAAACUAUUAAUUUCUUCAUGGAAAGGCAUAAAGCCCUCAAACACACGCCAGAGGAGACGCUACAGGGACCGCUGCCAGCAGCUGGCACAGAGAAGACCUUGGACUUGGCUGAAGUGCAGAUUCCUGCCUUCACGUCUAAGGAUCUGCACUGUUUGCACCUAAAUGUUUGCAGCCUACGACCAAAGACAGAUGAAAUCUGUGUACUUGCAUGUAAAGGUAAUGACACUAUAUUGUGCUUUACUGAAACCUGGAUAGACUCCAUCAGAGGCACUGAAGUGGAAAUUGAAAACUUUUCAAUCAUUCAUAAGGACAGAAGGAGACGAAGAGGAGGAGGAGGAGGAGGAAGUAUAUAUGUGAGAUUGAAUAUAGAAUUUAAUGCAAGAGCUGAUUUAAAUAAUGAUAACCUUGAAGCAGAUUUGAUUGAUAUUUUACUUACUGAACCGAUACUGACUGUGUUUUAUAUAGAACUCCUGACCAGAGAAACUUUGUUGUUAUUUUACUGGAUGAUGUGAAUAUUGAUAUUUUGAAUGAAAAUGGUUCACUACAUAAUGCACUGUUAAACUUCCUGAAGACAUUUGGUCUCACACAAUUAAUAAAUGAUCCUACUAGAAUUAGUGAACACAGUCAAA